GCACAAAACGCUUAGGGGUGACACAAGCCUGACUGAGGCAGCGUCAACAUGGAGUCGGUCUCCCGCGUCUCGUCCUUGAUGGACCCUGCACGGGAUCUAACAGUGGACGCUGCUCAGGCGAUGGGCAAGGCACUGAAGGGCGGCGGCUCGUCAUCUAGGAAUAUUCCUUUCGUGAAGCUGAAAGCACUUCUUGACAGCAGGAGUGAUCGCGAUAUCCUUGAUGGACUGAGGAGAGUCGUCUCCAUGAUGUAUCAGAACAAGCCAUGCUUGCCAUACUUUUCAUCCGUCGUAAAGAAUGUGGCCAACCCCAAUCUUGAAGUCAAAAAACUGGUCUACAUCUACCUGCUUCACUAUGCGGAGUCUGACCCUGACCUGGCCCUGCUUUCUGUCAAUGCCAUCCAAAAAUCGCUCACAGAUCAAAACCCGCAAGUCAGGGCUCUGGCUCUUCGCACCAUGUCAGGAAUGAGGGUACCGGUAAUCAGCCAGAUUGUCUCCCUUGCUAUCAAACGAGGUGUGGGAGACAUGAGUCCACACGUACGAAAGGCGGCAGCGCUGUCUAUCCCAAAGUGCUACAACCUCGAUCCUAAUACCCUGCCUCAAUUACUCGAAUACUUAUCCUCUCUACUCGGAGACAAGCAGUAUUUUGUUGUCGGUCCAGCUGUUCAAGCUUUCCUGGAGAUCUGUCCUGAACGCGUCGACCUCCUUCAUAAGCACUUCCGGAGCCUGGUCAAGAAACUGGUGGACAUGGAUGAAUGGAGCCAACUGACGACACUAAAACUUCUUUUGGUUUACAGCAGGCGCUGCUUUCCCAGACGGACGCAAAGAGUAACGAAAGUCAACAAGAAGGGAUUCUAUGAUGACGACCAGGACGAAACAGUCGAAACUCACGAAAUUGUCCAGGUGCUGGACCCAGAUCUGGAACUCUUUCUCAACGCAUGCAGAUCUCUGCUGCAGAGUCGAAGUUCAGCUGUCAUCAUGUCUGUCACCAGUUGUUUUCUGUACCUCGGAACCCAAGAAUACCUGCAGGAAGCUAUUGGACCACUCAUGGGUCUCAUGCGUGGACCUCCUGAGUUGGAAGAAGUCGCGCUAUGCAAUAUCGUCUUGGUGUCACUGUCAGCCCCGGAACUCUUCGUACCUUACGCCUCUCACUUUUUCAUUCGAGCCCGAGACUCCCCACAAAUCUGGAAGCUGAAAAUCGAGCUUCUGACUCUUAUCUUCCCCCACGCAGCGUUACACCUCAAGUCCGUCAUUUUGAGCGAGUUAGAGCAUUUCUCUCAUAGUUCAGACAUCGAACUGAUUCGGGAAUCAGUGCGAGCUAUCGGACGCUGUGCGCAGUCUGACCCAAAAAACGCGCAUCGAUGCUUCAAAGUCCUCCUGAACCAAAUAUCCAGUUUCGACAAUGUCCUGGUCUCUGAGGUUCUGACGGUCAUGCGGCAUUUGAUUCAGCAAGAUCCUUCGUCGCACCGGAGGACUGUGGUUCGCUUAGCCAGGAAUCUGGAUAGGACCACAAGUCCCGAAGCCCGAGCCACAAUCAUCUGGCUUGUGGGAGAAUUUGCAAGUCUGGAUCCGGAAAAUAAUAUCGCACCAGAUGUGCUGCGAAUCCUGGCCAAAGGCUUUGCUGAUGAAAGCGAAGCUGCCAAACAGCAGAUUGUGUUACUAGCUGCAAAAGUCUACCUGCUUUUCUUGCAGAGGCACCUUACAAGCAAACCAGACAACGACAGCGACGCUUUGGUUUCACAGAACGAUGCUGGUGAAAUGGUCGACUCCACUUACCUCGACCACCCAAUAUCCAAGCUAUGGAACUACAUCCUCCUUCUCGCACGCUACGACACAUCAUACGACCUCCGAGAUCGAGCACGGCUGUUCAAAGCUCUGCUCUCAAGUCCUCAAACAACUCAGCUGGCGGCUCUUCUACUCCUCGCGCCAAAGCCAGUCCCCCAUUCCCCCUCGCCAUCGGAAAGUCGAAAAGGCUUGAUGCUCGGAAGCACCACGCUAGUCCUCGGCAAGGAUGUAGCUGGUAUUCUGGGGCUUCCAGGCUACCAAGAACUGCCCGACUGGGUCGAAGAGGGCAAUGAGCCUGAUCCAAAACUCCGCGAUGCCAGCGACGCAGGGGAGAAAGAAGAUUACGUACCCAUAUCGGCAAGAACAGCAAGUGCCGUGGCCGCCAGCAGGAGGCUCGACGAGGCGGUUAAAGAGCAGGGCUUGGAGAAGGUUGUCGCUGCAGGAUCAAGUAAGGCAAAUGCCAAACCGAGGACGUUGGACGACUGGUUAGCCGAGAGUGAAGAAGAGGAAGAGGAGACCGAGGAAGAGACCGAAAGCGAGGAGACUGACGCGGAGCAAAGUGAGGAGGAGGAAGAAGAAGAAGAAGAAGAGACGGACGCCGAGAGCGAAGAUGAUGAGAAGGGAAUGCGAAGAGGUUUGAUUAGCUAGCUCGCGGUUCCUAUUCUGCGGAACCAGCAGCACUGGCAAGACUGUGUCGUCUCAUCUGAUUAGCCUUCCACGAAUGCAUCGCCCUUUGUAUGUCUAGGGGAGUGGGUUCCCACAAGUGUCAGACUGGUUCAAUUGGGUCUCAGAAGCCCAAAGUACAAAAUGGUUACUUCCUUGGGACGUGCGAUGGAUGCGGAGAGUCUGCUCCUGGCAUCUCUGACAGGACUGUCCAAAUCUCGAGGAAUACCUGGCUUCACGACAUACGACUGGCCCUGUCAGCUUAUACCAGCAUUCCUGUCCAAAGGCUGGUCACUUGCUCCAGAACGUUGAAAUGGAAUACGGGUACGCAGUAGUCCAGAACGAAUUGCAGCUCAAGAAGUUGAUCCCUUUCUACAUACAGCACAGAGAGUGAGCUCGAGAUGCAUACGAGCAGACUUGGCCGAUUUCAGGUACUAGCAUG